GUGGCCGCCGCGUCCGCCGCGUCCGAGGCUGACGUGAUCCUGUGGAGGCCGGGACAGAGGUCUUGCAGAUGGCCCCGCUACCGGGGGCAGAGCUGGUCCAGAGGCCGCUGCAGCUCUACCGAUACCUGCUGCGCUGUUGCCGGCAGCUGCCAACCAAGGGCAUCCAGGAGCAUUAUAAGCAUGCUGUCAGGCAGAGUUUCCGAGUUCAUUCGGAUGAAGACAACCCUGAGAGGAUCCAGCAGAUUAUUAAAAGAGCCAUUGAAGAUGCUGACUGGAUCCUGAACAAAUAUAAAAAACAAAACUGAGACUCCAGGACAUAGUGAGUGCAGCUGCCUUGGAGACACUGAUAUUGAGAGCCCUCACUUCGCCUGGCA